AUGCAGAGUGACACGGCGCAGCAGCCAAUAACGUCAGGUAAUGACCAUGAGCAGGUGAAGGAGAAGAUGCAUGACCCUCCAGAUAUUCCACCGAACACAGAGCACGUAGAUCUGUCCUCAACUAUGGCACAUACGCAGAGCGCAGCCCAAGAUUGGCGAUCACCAGUGAUGAUGCUCGCGACGUUUUUUCUCGGCGUAAUCCUAGCCUUCUCCCUCCAUGGCUACUACACCAGACUAGAUGGGAAGAGAGUUGGGAAGGCGGAGCAGCAGCAGAACGCACUGAGUCAGUACCUAUGGAAAACCAUCAAACGGACCGAGAAUACGGUCAAAACAAUUGAUGCUGCGUUUGACGCAUUGCACUCAUUGCUUUCGUUCCUUAAUCUCGAGGUCCUAUCCAAGUUUGGUUUUGUCUCAUUCAUCGCUAUCAUUGCAUGGUGUCUACCAUUCUCGACGGUAAUCACCCCAGCCACCUUGAACGUGCGAAUCAUUUCCCACCCUAGUACGCAAUUGAUGGACGUCCCCGAGCUUCAGAUAUCGAAUUAUACACAGUUCCGAGAAUUUGCAUAUACUGUAGCUGCAAAUGGCAAUGACUUACAAAAGUUCCUCGGUCCACGAACAGUCCUCGUUCGCCUUGCGACGGCAACAGCUAGCACUGGACAGAUCCUACAAUUACCGUUCCCACUUACCAAUGCAACUUACAGUCAAACAUUCUUUGCGCCAUUUGUCAGAUGCGAGAAUGCUAAUGCUACAGUCGCCUCUCAGAUCGAUACUGUAGCUGCAAGACUAAAAAGUGAUUUGGACCCAACGAUUAAAGAAAUAUCGAACCACUAUUUGGCCUUUGUGCCCGCCCUUAGUAAUACUACCUCCUUCAUCCCAGAAAUCCAAGCAGCGGACCUCGCGGAUCCUAACGGAGCUGUGAACGCCUCAAAUCAAGUCUGGGUUCGCUUUGCACGCUCAAACAGCGGCGACGGCAGUAUCGAUGUCUCACAAGAAGAAAAUCACCGCUAUUUAGUCUGCACGCUUCGUAAUGCAUCUUACCACGUCAGAUUUACUUGGACGAAUGGCAAACAGGCCAUUGACAUUCUGGACCAGGAGGUAGAAAACUUUGUGACUUACGCCACGAAUGUCACGUUCUCGUCCAGCGAUGAAGCAAACAUAGCUUACUCGGCAUUCAUGUGGGCUCUGAGUACACAGAUUGUCGGUCAAUUAUCAUUUUAUCAAGACGUUGGCACGAAUGAUACCACGCCAGCGGAUACCAAUGCGAACAGAACUUAUAGCCUUGUCUCUACAAACCUCAAGCAGACAAGUCUCAUCGGCAGUUCAGACCUGAAUAGUUUUUUCUUGAAAAACCACGCCCUCGGAAUAAGUGGAAGGCCUUCUGAGCCAUUCAGUCCCCAGCGCCUCCAGGACAUGGACUUUGCAAGGAACAGGACGCUAGACGUUAUGAUUGAGGAGCUAUCCGUCAACAUGACGAUAGGUCUGCUUUCAAAUCCCAGAUUCAUACGGACCGUCUCAACGAAUGUCACGACGAAUACUCCACAGAAUAUCUAUGAUUACCACGCUCGUAAUCUCGUUAUCACAUACGGCAUCGGAAUUUUCUUCUCGCUGGUAGCUGUCAUCUUGGGUCUGCACGCUUUUCGGACGAACGGUGUAAGUUAUAAUACGUCUUGGUGGACUAUCGUAGCCACAACGCGAAACCUCCAUUUCGCAGACAUUGGCAUCCCGGGAAGACUGGAUGCGUUACCACAGGACAGGGCAGUCGCUGCUACAGUGGCGAGAUUCGGAGACGAUGGCUUCCGAUUCGUAUUGGACGAUCAUUAA